UAUGUUUUUUGUUUACAACUUUAUUUCCUGCGACGCGAAUUUAUUGGACUUUAGUCAUACAAAAUGCUGAAUUUAAAACAAUUGGCCAGCCACGCCUACCGCCAGUACGAACUGGUGACGUGCGUCAAUAUGCUUGAGCCCUGGGAGAAGAAGCUGAUCAAUGGAUUCUUUCUGGUUAUGCUGUUCCUGGUGCUCUUCUCCAGCUUUAUGUAUCUGCCAAACUACAUGCAAACCCUGAUGCAGUUCGUCACGCCGCCCAACUGGCGCAAUUCCCCGGACAAUGCCGCCUAUGUGGCACAAAAGAUGGCACGGAGCUGAGCUCCACACUACCCAUAUCACGUACAAGUGCAUCCGGUACACGCAUACUCCCUAUAGAAAGACAACUAUGAUUUAAAGCUUAUGAUAUUAUUGUGAUUUACGUCGACUGGUCUAAGAUCUGUAAAUAUUGAACUGUGCCAAGAAAUAACCGCUUAACCCA